UAAUAAGUUGUCAACAAUGUUUAUUAUCUCGUAACAAUAUAAUUAUUGUUUAUAAUCACAUUAUUUGGACAAUUUUUCAAGUCUCUGCUUCUUUCUUUCUUGAUAUUCUUGAACAUUAUCAAAUUUUCUUUUAUACAAAACUUUUAUAGAUUCUAACAGACUUUCUUCUGUGUCACAAUUAAUAUUUUUGUCUGCAAACAUGUUAAUUGUAUUUGUUUCUUCAACAGAUACACUUCCAUUAUUUUCUUCCAACUUAUAUGCAAUAACAGUAUUCUCUGAAUCACUAUAAACAAAAAGAGACUUAUUGUGAAGCAUUAUUGCACCAGGAAAUUGUUGUAGUCUAAUUCGUUCUUCCAAUUUGUGACUGUAUUGGUUGUCAACAUUAGUAACAGUGUAAAUAAGAACUGCAUUAUAUGUGUGUACAGUUGCAGCCAUUACACUCAUAUUUUCAUUUAUCUUAGAUGCUGUAUAAUGCACAAUCGGCAAAGUAUUAACUUCAAUACCUCCUUCAUCCAUAAUAUUUAUGAAAUUUUGUCUUAAUUGAUCAUCACGGACAUCAUGUGAAGUGUCAAUUGUAUGCACCAACCUCCCUUCACUAUAAUCCCAGAUUUUGAUAGUGCCAUCUCCUGAGGAACUGGUCAAGAACUUAUCAUUGUGAGGCAAAAAUUCUAAGUGAUUGACAAAUUCUUUGUGGCCCAAACAAUAUGUUUGAAUGUUGUAGGUAUUGGGAUAGCAAGAAACCCUAAUUUUUUCGUCUCUAUCGCACGAGAUGAUACAUUUUGUAUCAUUUGAUUGUAAAACAUCCAGUAGUAAACUUAAGUGACCUAGAAGUUUUAUACCUGAUUCUUCUUUUUUUAUGUCAUAAAUAAGCACGUCUCCACUUUUAUCAGCCACCAGUAUCUGCAUAUUAUCAACUGUGAAUCUUAUUCUACUGGCACUUCUUGGUAUGUUAAAAGUUUGCUCAAGUUCUGCUUGAGGCAAGCCAUAAAUUAGCAAUUUCUUUGAAGUUGUUGUUAUGACAGCUAAAUGAUUAGAAUCGUAAGAAAUUGCAAUAUCAGAUAUAUAAUCUUUUUCAGAUUGAUUCGGAGUUCCAGGUACAUCAAUAAUCUUAUGGUUGGUAUGGUCAUACAAGUCAACAUUAAGUUCUUUCGCUACUGCGAGAUAUUUAUCUGUUGCUGUUAGCAGUGACAUUGCUUCAGUUUUGUUUUUACAAUUCAAUUCAAUGUGAUAACGCUUGCAUAUGUAAUAGUUUUAAGAAUAAGCCAAGAGUAAAAUGCCGUGGGUUGUGGCCGGAUAUCCUCGCGCAAUCCCUCAUGCUCGUAGUGCCCCCUACGGAUGCCAGAGCGUAAGGAGAGGCGUGAUACCUUGGAGUAAAAAAGCAGUUCGGAGCAGGUAACAGGUAGGCUGAGAAAAAAAAUAACAAAUAAGUAGGUAUUGUAAGUUUCAAAACGUACUUUUGAAAUGCCAAAAUAUUUAACGUGGAACGUAGUGAAAAUGACAGAUGUCACUGUCACUUGGUGUGAUUUUGGAUACCUACAUUGGUGAAUUCUUAUUGAAAAACAAUUAAUGAAUUCGAUUCAUUUGUAAUAAAAAGCAUACUUACGCUAUUGUUUCAACUAUCUAUAGUCUCUGUGAAAAAUAAGCCAUGGCUGCUAUGAUAAGUUCAUGGAAUCCGGAAAAGAAACACAGCGACGUGGAAAGAUGGAUUUGUAUUUACCCUGCAUACUUAAACAGUAAGAAGACUUUAGCACAGGGACGUAAGCUGUCGAAGUCGCACUGUGUGGAAAACCCAACUCACCAGGAGAUUAGAGAUGUCUUGGUUGCUGCAGGCUUGAGGGUCGGAGUGGAGAAUAAGUUAUAUCCCAGGGAACCUAGUAAAGAAAUUUUGUACAGAGGUAGAAUUAGAGUGCAAUUGAAGAAUGAUGAUGGCACUCCUGUUAAACCUGAGUUCCCCACUCGUGAAGCUGUUAUGAAACAUAUUGGUGAAUCAAUACCUAAGCUGAAAACAAGACAAAACCGACCUGUGGAUCAGCAGCCUCAAGCAGCACAGGCCAGCCACAAAGGCAAGGGAAAGAAAGGACGCAGAUAAAUUUAUUGUUUUAUUACAAAAUACUUAUUUGUACAAAAAUCUUAUCUAUUUCUAAUAUAACAAUUUCACAAAAUAAAGUCUUUGUUUAUUAUUUA